UACUGCGGUCGCCUCUACGAGAGAAACGAUGCGUGCUAUCAUGCUGUUCCUUGUUUUCGGGCUCUUCGCCGACGUAUAUGGUGCCGGUUUGGAUGACCUCGUUAAUGCACUGAACACUACACGAGCCAUCUGGUUGUAUAAUCGGAGUUACGACGUCACUGUAAAAGGUGGGAAUCAAAUAUGUGUGCGCUGGCAGCUCGAAAAUCUUACAAGAUCAAGCUACGACUUUCAAAACUCCUUCAAAGUUAACAAGACAUAUUAUGAAGAAAACAGAACACAUGCAACACUAUUUGAGAAGGGCGAAGAUACAAUGAUGAACGUAAGCUAUCAAUCGGGCAAACCGACGACCUAUACGUUGAAGCUAUGGAACAGCACGGAAAAAUGUUUUCUUCUCACUAUUCAUGAAGAAACAGGAACAGGUACAUGUGACUGCGAGCUGCACUUAUGGCAGGAAAAACUGAGAGAAGUACCAACAUCCUGUAACACAAUGUACCAGAAUAUUUGCAAAGCACAAGAACACGAGGUUUUUUCAGAGCAUGAAUGCAUGUAG